AUGGCGGGCGGCAACCCCGAGCUCCUCCGCAGGGGGCUCCGCUCCGCCGAGGAGCAUGGCCUCCGGGACAGCGAGCUGAUCGAGGGGCAGGUGCUGCUCGAUGAGUGGGGCGUGGCUCUGAGGGAUAUGGACGUGGCGAUGGCGCUGCGCCGCACGGGGGAUCUGCACGCGGCCGUGACGCGGGCUCGCAGCAUCGCGCUCUGCGACCUGCUGCUGGGGCCCUUCGAUGCCGCGCUGAGGCAGCUGGAGCAGGGCGCGUCCGCGGAGAGGAAGCUGCAUCGGGCAAUGGCCGCCUGCAAGUGCGAGUCCCUGCUGAAGGCCCUCGCCGCCGCAUGCGACGCCGAGGUGACCGACCUGCGGCUGAUCUCUGAGGCUCGCGCCCUGUGGGAGCGCCUCACCUCACUCCGGGCCGGGCUGGCGGAGGCCGUGGAGUCGACGGAUCUGCAGACGCUCGCGGUCGCAAUGUACAAUGCCCGUAGUCCGGCGGCGCUGCCGUCUAGAGAGGUGGCGCGCGCGGACGCGAUGUUGCAGGAGCUCCGUGAGGUCGAGCAGUCGCUGAUCUAUGGCCAGCUAGAUGGUACCGACGACUUCCGCACGCUCGACGCCCAGCUUGGUCGCGUCAAGCGCUUGAAGGCCGCCGGGGUGGAGCUGGACAAGCACGCCCUCACGACCGCGUCGAGGAAGUCGGCGGCGCUGCAGGACCUGGAUCGCAAGAAGCUGGAAAUCGAGCUGCUGGACCAGCGAACGAGCAACACCUUCCCCAAGUGGAUCGAGGAGGUGCCAGUGCCCCAUCGGGCUCAGAUGAUCCCAUCGGCGGUGGUGUUCGGUGAGGUGGACGUCUCGUUCGAGCCCAGGAGCACAACAACGUACGUGCUGCCCCGCGAGAUCGUCGAGUGCUUGGUCACAGUGCGGAGUGAGGAGGAGGAGAAGGAGAAGGAGGAGGCCGGCGCAGAGGUCGCUGAGCGCGGGCUGCCCGGGGUCAUCUGCGGGGAGGUGAUCUCGCUGCUGCGCAGCGCCAUCUCUGGCAAGGACGAGGUGCUCCACUGGCCCGCGGAGCCUGUGCCAGACGUAUCGCGCGACGACGCUGUCGAGACCCACGUCGGCAUCUACGUGGGCGCCUUGCACACGGCGGCGGAUAUUGUGGCCGCGUUGGUCGGCAGCCAGGAGGGCGCCCUCGACCCAGACGACCUGGGCCGUCACGCGGUUCCCUGGCUGAGCUGGGAUGACAUGCCGCUCGAGGCGGAACGGUCGACCCCUCGCGUCGGCCCGGAAGGGGGCCUGCCGCUACUGCGACACGGGCGCAAGCUCGGGGACUAUCUGACUCAGGUGCGCGGCAGGGUCCUCCGGCGGGUGGACCUGGAGGUGUCCUGGGCGGCCCCCAGCCCCAUGACCGCCCGCCGCGGCUCUGGCCCUGGCUCUGGCCCAGGCUCUGGCCAGAAGCUUGGCCUGGCCUGCAUCGCGUUCGAUGGCGAGAGCCUGGUGGAGAUCGUGGACAGCCAGGGCGUCCACGGGGAGCACUACGGCGUGCGGCGGCCGCUCCUGGCCAAGGGCGGCUGCUACCCCGACGGCACCCUGGGCUCGGUGCAGCACGGCUCCGGAGAGCCGGGCGGCACCGACGGGGCGGGCAGGCAGAAGCAGGCGAUGCAGCUCCGCAUCGACCUCGUCCCUCAGCGCAUCGUCGACCUCGUCUUCGUGGCCACCGCCGGCCACGGGCUGAAGAGCUACGGUGCCCUGCGUGCCGACGUGGUGGACGCGGACCGCUCGCGGGUCAUGGCCUCGUGCGACGUCAAGGGCGCGGGCCUCAACGAGGAGGUUGCCGUCGUGUGCUGCCUCCACCGCGGCGACCACGACGUGUGGACCUUCCACUCCUGCGGCGGCUUCAGCAGGGGGCGUGUCCACGAGCCAAGCCGCGAUCCGCAGGGCGCCCAGCCGACCGCCUUCGACUACCAGGCCGUGCUGGGAAAGCUCGUCGAGAUGGGCUACCCUCGCAACGAGGCCAUGCGCCUGAAGGUGCCCGCGGUCCUGGAGGGCAUGCAGAGGGAGAGCUGCUCCUCGACCGGGAGGUCAAGCCCGCCUCGGUGA